AUGCCGACGGCAUCCAAACGUAGCAACUAUUAUCCGGCAAAAACGGUGCUAAUUUGCCGUUUGUAUUGCGAGCACACCCACGACUCUGUGGUGGGUGUCGACCAAAAAGGGGCGAAGUUUUGGGGCUCCCUCUGCGCCGAGUACAACGAUAAAAGGCCCGAAAGAUCUAUUUCACGCGACGUCACGCAAAUCAAAUCUCACUUUCAACGGGUGUCGAAGGAUGCGAAGAGGUUUGAGGCCAUGCACAAAAAAUGCCACGAUCAAUGGAAAUCAGGCAUGAGUGAUAUUCAAAUCCUGGAGCAAGCAGAGGCAAUGUGGCUAGCCGAGUACCGUGUUCCGUUCCGCUGGAUUGGCGUCACUUGCAACUUGCGCCACCCAAGAGUAGCUGCCUUGAAUCUCUCCAACAUGGCUCUCUCCGGCACCAUUCCACCACAGCUCGGACACCUCUCCUUUCUCAUCUACCUCAACCUCAAAAGCAAUCUUUUUCAUGGAGAUUUGCCUCAAGAGCUGUCUCUCCUUCGCCGUUUGAAGUUCAUAUCUCUCCGACUCAACAACUUCACCGGAGACAUCCCUCCGAUGUUGGGUCAGUUGCCAAAAUUAGAGUACUUGAAUUUACGCAACAACAGCUUCAUAGGUUCCAUCCCAAAAUCGCUCUCAAACCUCACAAACCUACAAUUUCUUUCCUUAUCUUCCAAUUCUCUAAGUGGAGAAAUUCCAAAAGAGUUUGCGAGACUUCAAAGUCUAAAAAAUCUGUAUGUUGAAUUCAAUCGUCUCUCCGGUGCUAUACCAUCAGCCAUAUUCAAUAUAUCGAGCUUGGUGACUAUAGCUUUGACAGGCAAUGAAUUGAGUGGAAGUCUUCCAACAGACAUGUGCUGUAAUCUUCCAUCUCUUACUGGGCUUUAUCUUUCUGAGAAUCAGCUGAGUGGCGCGAUUCCAACAAAUCUAUCCCAAUGUUCACGGCUUGAGGUGUUGAGCCUCUCUUACAACUCUUUUAAUGGGGAGAUACCUUCAGAAAUCGGCUACUUAACAUCUCUUCAGAUUCUAAAUCUUGGUGGUAACAAUUUGAAUGGAAUACUACCACAUGAGAUUGGCCAUCUUCAGAGUCUGGUUACUUUUGCUGCUGAACGGAAUGAGAUUGCGGGCUCAAUUGAUUUCAAUAUUUUCAUGAAUAUGUCUUCUCUGCAAACCUUAUCACUACUGCGUAACAAAUUCGCGGGGAAACUUUCAAGGGAUGUCGGGAAUAUUACCAUGCUAACAAAUUUAUACCUCUCGGAAAACCAUUUUACAGGGCUUAUUCCCACUGAAUUUGGCCAACUUUACCAUUUGGAGAUAUUAGUACUACACUUGAACAGAUUGAGUGGUUCGAUUCCACAUGAGCUCUUCAACAUUUCAACUCUUCGGAGACUUUCACUUGUUGGCAAUGCUCUUUCAGGGGUUCUUCCAACCCAUUUAUGUCAUGCCUCUCCCUUUCUUGAAAGAUUGUUUCUUGGCGGAAAUUCCAUGAGUGGAGCAAUACCCAACUCUAUCUCUAACUCAACAAUGUUCAGCAACAAUCUUACCCAGUCACCAUCUUCUUCCUUCAUUACUUCAUUGACAAAUUGCAGGUCUCUAACUCAUUUGUCAUUUGAGGAUAAUCCUAUAAAUGGUGUCAUUCCAGCUUCUGUCGGGAACUUAUCUUCCUCACUUCGAACAUUCACGGCCAACAACUGCAAAUUCAGUGGCAGCAUUCCUGUAGAAAUGGGCAAUCUAAGCAAUAUGAUAGUACUGGAUUUAUCUGGGAAUGAGUUAUCUGGUAAUAUUCCACUAACUAUAAGCCAUUUGCAUGAACAUCAAGGAUUAUAUCUGUCUAAUAACAUGUUGGGAGGCUCAAUACCACAUGUUAUAUGUGAUCUAUUCAGCCUCAAUACUUUAGAUAUGAGCCAGAAUCAAUUUUCAGGCCCAAUUCCUAAAUGUCUGGGAAAUGUCUCUUCUUUAAGAAAUCUUUAUCUAGACUCCAACAUUUUGAAUUCAAGCAUACCAUCAAGCUUAUGGGGUCUAAAAGAUUUGAUCAAUCUAGACUUGUCCUCAAAUUCAUUAAAUGGGUCACUACCUCUAGAGAUGAGUAACUUAGGAGCAGCGAUCUAUAUAAAUGUUGCAAUGAAUCAGUUGUCAGGGUCAAUUCCGAGCAAUAUCAAAAAGUUGCAGAGUUUGGUUAAUUUGUCUUUGGCAAAUAAUAGACUAGAAGAUUCUAUUCCUGUGUCUAUGGGAAGCAUGAUCAGUUUGGCAUAUCUCGACUUGUCGUACAACAACCUCUCUGGUUCAAUUCCAAAGUCAUUAGAAGCACUUCAACACCUCGACUACUUUAAUGUCUCUUUCAAUAGUUUAAGUGGAGAAAUUCCUAAUGGAGAUAACACGACUAGACAAGUUGAUGAGUUGAUAUUCGUUGUGCCGGGAAGAAUCUCUUAUUAUGAACUGCUGCAAGCAACGGAAAGAUUCGAUGAAAGCAAUUUACUUAGCACUGGGAGUUCUUGCUCUGUUUAUAAAGGAAUUCUUAACAAUGGGAAGGAUAUCGUUGUCAAGGUCUUUAAUAUGCAGCUAGAAGGUAUUUCAAGAAUAUUCGAUGUCGAAUGUGAGAUACUACGUAGCAUUCGACACAGGAAUCUGACAAACGUCAUAAGCAGUUGCUCCAAUGAAGAGUUCAAGGCAUUAGUACUUGAAUAUAUGCCAAAGGGAAACCUUGAAAAAUGGUUAUAUUCCCACAACUAUUACUUGAAUAUGAUGCAAAGAUUGAAUAUAAUGAUUGAUGUUGCAUCUGCCUUGGAAUAUCUUCACCACGGUUAUUCAAUGCCCAUUAUCCACAGCGACUUGAAGCCUAGUAAUGUGCUAUUAGAUGAAGACAUGGUUGCCCAUGUAAGCGACUUUGGGAUAGCAAAGUUGUUAUGCGAUGGAGAUAGCUCUGUGUUAACCAACACACUAGCAACAUUGGGUUACAUCGCUCCAGAGUAUGGUUUGGAAGGGCUAGUUUCAACAAGGUGUGAUGUGUAUAGCUAUGGGGUGAUGUUGAUUGAAACUUUUACAAGAAAAAGGCCUAGUGAUGAAAUGUUUUGCGGAGAUAUGAGCUUAAAGAGAUGGGUAGAACUCUCACUUUCUGAGAUCCCAGAUGAACUGAUAGAUGCUAACUUAGUCAUGAAUUUGGAGGAAGAAAUGAUUGACAAGAAUAUGCAGUGUGUAUCAUCCAUACUUGAAUUGGCUCUGAAAUGCUCCGCGGACUCUCCCGGUGAUAGAAUCAACAUGAAACAAGCACAUGCAGAGUUGCAAAAAAUCAAACAUCGAUUUUCCCAGUGA